UGUAGAAAAAAUGAUGGGGGAACAAGUAAUUCUUUCGCUAACUCAACUAUAGCUAAAAGCGAGUGUAAAAAAUGAAAUGAGGCAUUGGGUGAAAGUAAACUUCUCAUCUUGAUACGCCAACUAAACAGAGGCUUCUAUCAGUUCCAUUUUACUCAGGGGAUUCAAAGGUGAAUCAGUUAUCAGUUCAAGUUGUUUUUACUUUCAUGAUUGAAAAAAAUACAAGAUAAAUAAUCACUAACGUUGUCCAAUGAUCGAAAUUUUUCGCUGCUUUAUCUCUCCCUCCUUGUGUCACAUCUGUAUACUUCUCAUAAAAUAAAUACUUUUACUAUGCUCGUAAUAUUUUAGUCGUUUGUUGGACAAUAGUUCAGUCAAUUGUUAAACUUUAACAUUAAUCAAAGUGGUAGGAUUCGAAGCUGGUAAAAUGUUUAUGAUUUUAUCGUUAUUUUUAAUAAUUAGUAGUAGAACUUCAGCCCUAGAAAAUGGGCUUGCUAGAACACCACCCAUGGGUUGGUUAGCUUGGGAGCGAUUUCGAUGUAAUACUGACUGUGAAAAUGAUCCUGAUAACUGUAUUAGUGAUCAAUUAUUUAGAACAAUGGCCGAUUUAGUUGUAUCUGAAGGUUAUGCUGCAGCUGGAUAUGAAUACAUAAAUAUUGAUGACUGUUGGAUGGAAAAAAAUCGUGCUAGUAAUGGAAAUGUUGUGCCUGACCGACAGAGAUUUCCAUAUGGACUAAGAAGCCUCAGCGAUUAUAUUCAUAUGAAAGGAUUGAAGUUUGGAAUUUAUGGCGACUAUGGAAAUUAUACUUGUGCUGGUUAUCCAGGAAUUUUAGGUUACAUGAAAAAUGAUGCGGCGUCUUUCGCUGCAUGGAAUGUUGAUUACGUAAAACUAGAUGGCUGCUAUGCAGAUCCGUCUGAAAUGGAUCGUGGUUAUCCAGAAUUCGGCAUACAUUUAAAUCGUACUGGAAGACCUAUGAUUUACUCAUGUAGUUGGCCUGUUUAUCAAAUUUAUGCUGGAAUAAAACCCAAUUUCUCUUCUAUCAUCUCACACUGCAAUCUCUGGAGAAAUUACAAUGAUAUUCAAGAUUCAUGGGCGAGCUUAGAGACUAUCAUUGAUUAUUACGGUGACAAUCAAGAUGACAUUAUACCUAAUGCCGGCCCAGGUCACUGGAAUGAUCCCGACAUGUUGAUCGUUGGCAACUUCGGACUUAGUUACGAGCAAAGUAAAACUCAAAUGGCAUUGUGGGCUAUUUUAGCUGCCCCUCUAUUGAUGUCCGUUGAUUUGAGAACCAUCCGACCAGAGUACAAGGCUAUUUUACAAAAUAAAAAAAUUAUUGCUGUUGAUCAAGAUCCUCUCGGCAUUCAAGGACGCAGAAUUUAUAAACAUAAAGGCAUUGAAAUAUGGGCGAGACCAAUCACUCCCGUUUAUCAAAGUUACUAUUCCUAUGCUAUUGCAUUUUUGAAUAGAAGAACAGACGGAACACCUUCGGAUGUAUCAGUUACACUCAAAGAGUUGGGACUCCAAUACCCGAAAGGUUAUGCAGUAGAAGAUUUAUAUGAAGAAGUCAAUUAUGGAAUAUUAACACCUGAAACUAAGAUCAAAGUGAAAGUCAAUCCCUCAGGUGUUGUUAUUCUUCGCUGUGAUGUUCAACGUGAACAAUACUUUGCUCGAAAUCAUCUACUGUCACCAUUCUUGCCUUUGCAUCCAGUUUUCAAUGGCAAAGAAAAUUCAUUUGAAUAAUCGACUGUAGAUUUUUUACUCACUAAUUUUUAUAGAUUGUUCAUUUAAAUAAAUUUUAAUAAAUAUUAUAUAUAUAAGGAGAUUUUAUGUUAUAAGAUCAGAGUACAUUUUGUAAUUUAGAAUAAAGUAAAACAAACUUAACAAAA